AUGGCGGCGUCAGAGGGGGCGCGCAGCUGCCGGACAACGGCAAGACGGUUCUGAAAAAAAGCUCCAGAUUUGACCGAAUCUCGCUCGUCGCUGACCGUUCAUUUCUGCUCGGAUAGCAGCGGGGCCGCCGGGACCGAGGCAGCUGCUGUCACGGGCCUGGCUCGCGAUUGUUCUCGUUGAAAGGCAGGGUGGGUGGGUUUCACUGAUAGCUGCUAGCGUUAGCCGACAGGCUAGCCGAUCGAGCUAGUGCGGGGCUAGGCAACGUUAGCUCGGCGGAGAACGGCGAGGAGGGGGCCGAGGGAGACCGUUCCGGCCAGGCCGCUGCAGCUCGGGGGAAUGUGAGCCAGGGGUGCGCAGCGAGGGGGGGGGUUGCUCGCUUCGACCCAGACGUCCUUACGCCACACGACCAGGAUGGGGCAGCAGGUAGGCCGCGUCGGCGAGGGCACGUCGACCGCCCUCCAGCCGCCGCAGCCCCACGCGUCCCAGCCACACCAGGGGAAGGGGAGCCGGGCGAGCGGCGCCGGGAGGAGACCCCGGGAACCCGGCAGCAGCACCGGGACACCGCCGGGCAGGGCUGCUGCGGCCAACGUGCCCGACCCGGGGAUCAACAUAUUCACGCGGCACUCAGAAGCUCUCCACCGGCCGUUCGGCCUGGACUCGGCGGCACUGACGGAGGCGGUGCGCUGGAGCUCCAAAGAGAACCUACUGGGAGCGGCCGAGAGCGACCCAAACCUCUUCGUUGCACUUUAUGACUUUGUCGCCAGCGGAGACAACACGCUCAGCAUAACCAAAGGCGAGAAGCUGCGUGUGCUGGGCUACAACCAGAAUGGAGAGUGGAGUGAAGUGCGCUCUAAGAACGGCCAGGGCUGGGUGCCCUCCAACUACAUCACACCCGUCAACAGUCUGGAGAAGCAUAGCUGGUACCAUGGGCCCGUGUCCCGCAGCGCUGCAGAGUACCUGCUCUCAUCCCUUAUCAACGGGAGUUUUCUGGUCCGGGAAAGCGAGAGCAGCCCCGGACAGCUGUCCAUAUCGCUGCGCUACGAAGGGAGAGUCUACCACUACCGCAUCAACACAGCCUCUGAUGGAAAGGUGUAUGUGACAUCCGAGAGCCGCUUUGCCACCCUGGCCGAGCUGGUCCACCACCACUCCACUGUGGCCGAUGGCCUGGUCACCACGUUGCACUACCCAGCGCCCAAAUGUAACAAGCCCACAGUCUACGGUGUGUCACCCAUCCACGACAAGUGGGAAAUGGAGCGCACAGACAUCACCAUGAAGCACAAGCUGGGAGGGGGCCAGUAUGGGGAGGUGUACGUGGGAGUGUGGAAAAAGUACAACCUCACGGUGGCGGUCAAAACACUCAAGGAAGACACCAUGGAGGUUGAGGAGUUUCUAAAAGAGGCAGCAGUUAUGAAGGAGGUUAAACACCCAAACCUCGUUCAGCUACUAGGUGUGUGUACCCUGGAGCCUCCGUUUUAUAUUGUAACUGAGUACAUGCCACACGGCAACCUACUGGACUACUUGAGAGAUUGUGAUAAAGAGGAGGUGAACGCUGUCGUGUUGCUCUACAUGGCCACGCAGAUCUCUUCUGCUAUGGAAUACCUGGAAAAGAAAAACUUCAUACACAGGGAUCUUGCGGCAAGGAACUGCCUGGUUGGGGAGAAUCAUGUCGUGAAGGUCGCAGACUUCGGUUUGAGCAGGUUGAUGACUGGUGACACCUACACUGCCCACGCUGGGGCUAAAUUCCCCAUUAAAUGGACUGCACCCGAGAGCCUUGCAUACAACACCUUCUCCAUCAAGUCUGAUGUCUGGGCAUUUGGAGUGCUGCUGUGGGAAAUUGCCACAUAUGGCAUGUCUCCAUACCCUGGCAUCGACCUGUCUCAGGUCUAUGACCUCCUGGAGAAAGGAUACCGUAUGGAACAGCCUGAGGGAUGUCCCCCCAAAGUCUAUGAACUCAUGAGAGCAUGCUGGCAGUGGAGCCCAUUAGACAGACCUUCAUUUGCAGAGAUCCACCAAGCCUUUGAAACGAUGUUCCAUGACUCCAGCAUCUCUGAAGAGGUAGCAGAGGAGCUCUGUAAGACGGCCUCCUCUGGUCACUGCGGACCGCUGCACUCUUUCAGUCACGACACGCCCCUGUUGCCUUCCAAAUCUCGCACACUCCACAAGCACACAGAAAACAAGGAAAACAUUGAGGGUGGUCUGGAUGGGCGCACUGACCACGGCACGCACAGCCACUCAGGCUGGGCUUCUUUGCUGGGAGGUGACAGUCGAUCAGGUGGCUCUCCAGCUCUGCCAAGAAAACAGCAGCCUCGAGAUAAAUCCCCCGGCAGCCUUUUGGACGAUGCACAGGAUAUGGGCACAUUCACACGAGACCGCAAGACUGGCUUCUUUAGCUCCUUCAUAAAGAAGAAGUCUUCCUCCUCUUCUUCAUCCUCGGCUUCCUCCCAGCUCCACCAGAACCUUCCGACGCCGCCCAAGAGGAGCAGUUCUUUCCGAGAGAUGGAGACACAGCCUCACAAGAAAUAUGAACCCACCGCUGAUUUCAGCGCUCCUCCUCCUUUGCCCCAGUCAGACAGUUUAGGAGGCUUCUCUGCCUCCCCUUCCCACUCCCACGGGGAACCCACCCAGACUCAGUCGCGCUGCUGUGGGGCAGCUUUUGGACAGAAACCCUCUGGCCUUGGGUCACAGGUGACGAGCGGCAGCAGUUGGAGUGGGUUAGCAGGCUUUUUUACCCCGAGACUCAUCAAAAAGACUCUGGGGCUACGGACAGGAAAGACGACGUCUUCAGAGGAGGGUGGAAGUUUAGUUGGAGGGCCUAAACCCUUCCCUAGGUCCAAUUCUACCUCCUCUAUGUCAGCUGGGCUGCCAGACCUGGAGCGCAUGGCUCUAACUUUGCCCAGGAACCGCAGUGCGAAACCCCCUCUGGAGAGAACUGCCUCCACAACCUCCCAGCCAGAGAACGGGGCUGCACGGCCCUCGGAAACUCUGCUGAGGAGGAUGGAUGAGGGGACCGCACAAAUCAGGGAAAGGCCCAAAGCCAAGCUCCUACCCCGGGGCACUGCUACAGGGGUGAGGGCUCCGGGUGUUGGGGGGGAGGUGGGGGAAUCGGACAGUCUCUCCCGGGUCAGGGAGGGUAGAGAGGAGAGUGGGGGAGGACUGGACAGGCAGCAGAGUUGGUCAUCUCCAUCUAAGAGUUCAAGUUCUUCCUCUGCUGCAGCGGGCGCACCAACUCACAACCACAAAGUUCCAGUCCUGAUCUCCCCCACGCUGAAGCACAGCCCAGGUGACGUGCACCUGGUCGGCCUAGACUCUCAGGGGAAUCGCUUCAAACUGCUGUCUGAGCACCAAGCAGACCGGGACAGGCCGCGACUUGUAAAACCCAAAUGUGCUCCUCCUCCACCUCCCACUCUGCGCAGCCUGCAACACUCCUACAGCGGCGACGGGGAGGAGCAGGUCGGCAGUGCGCCCGUGGAAGUGAACGGAGACACGUUAAAAGGUCACAGGUCAGGGCGGACGUCAGGAGGGGCGACGACGGGCAGACCGUCUGUGCCACCACCACAAGUGCCUCCUGCAUCUUCUUCCUCCUUUUCCUCUUCAUCCUCUCCUGCCACCACCAACACGACUCCCACCAAAAUGGCCAACGGAGCCACCACCACUGCCUCGUCCUCACACGCGGCACCCUCUGCCGGUUCCAAGGUGGCAUUGCGGCGGACCAGGCAACAGGCAGAGAGGGUGCCCCUGGAGCGGGUCAGCCGCGACGCCCUGCUGGAGUACGCUGAGUGCCUGAGCAGCGCCCUCCACGCCAGCUCUGAUAGCCCCUCCAGCAGCCAGGUGCUGGACGCUGGCCACCAGCUGCUAGACUACUGCUCAGGUUACGUGGACUGCAUCCCUCAGAUGAGGAACAAAUUUGCCUUCCGAGAGGCGGUGGGGAAGCUCGAGCUCAGCCUGCAGGAACUGAGGGCUUCGUCCUCAGGAGGAGGACUGAGCGGUAUGGGGCCCAACACUGUACUGGACAACCUGCACAGCUGUAUUAAAGAGAUUAGUGACGUAGUGCAGAGGUAGCCACUGUGACAACACCAACCGUCAGCCCUAACUACCCGACAGAUCGUAUAUAUAUUGCCUUUUUUAUGUUUCUGGUUCUAUUGAUAGCUUUUUUGGGGGACGCAAUGAGAUGAAUCUCUAAAGUACCUCAGAGAAAUCUCUACAAAAUGUAAUCUUUUUUUAUUGUUUACAAACAAUGGUUUCAUAAAAUGCCAGUGUGGACACUAACUUUGCUCUGACCUGUACAUAUUGAGAAAUGUUUAUUCUGAACUAAAUGUGGUUUAAGUCGCACCAUGAAUUGUUUUUGCCGCAAGUCUCCACCUGGCCGCAGUGAUGACGGCUUCUUUGUCAAAUGAAUGUCGAGUGUAUCAGGUGUGUGUGUGUGUGUGUGUGUGUGUGUGUGUGUGUGUGUGUGUGUGUGUGUGUGUGUGUGUGUGUGUGUGUGUGUGUGUGUGUGUGUGUGUGUGUGUGUGUGUGUGUGUGUGUGUGUGUGUGUGUGUGUGUGUGUGUGUGUGUGUGCGUGUGUGUGCGUGUGUGUGCGCGUGCGCGCGCGCGCGCGCGCGCGCGCGCGCAGCCGGGCCGUAGAUGUAGGUGAAGCUCCCACUGCUUAUCUGUCAGCCUGUCACAUUACUGAGCGAGAGUGAUGGUGGUUGUGUCCAGCCUUACUGAGAAUACUGUUUUCCUGAUUUAAGCUCAAGCAGUGUUUCACAAAUAUGUGAAUCAUCACUUUUUUGCUCAUUGUUUGGGAAAUUUAGUGUCUGUUUGCCAUUUCUAAAAAAGCCUUUUGGGGAUUCAAUUUGACACUUAUUUGUGUGCAGAUGUUUUUUUUAUAUCAUUAUUUUGAGUUUAUUUCAUAGAUAGUAUCUGACAGUUGGUAUUAUCUCAGUAGCUGAAUUAAUCCACUCAGAACUGCUUACUUCUGGGAUUGAUUUAAGGAGACAUAUUUUGCUCAUAUUCAGGUUCAUACUGUUCAGUUGGAUUAUUACUUGAAAAGGUUUACAUGCUCUAAUUUUCAGAAAACACAGCAGUUUCCUCAAACUCAUUCCUGCAGCUCCUCUUUUUAGCCUCUGUCUAAAACACAUGGUUUUAGCUCCUGUCUCUUUAAGGGCCCUCCCCCCAAUGAAGCCCAGUCUACUCUGAUUGGCCCACUCUGUUGUGAUGCCGUAUGCACUUCCGUAAGAUGGUGACGUAUUGGCCUGACUACUGACGAGGCGUUUCAGGAACUUCGGGAGCAGAGAUUUCUGUCUGGGAGAGGAGCUCCCUUUACCACGGAAUUUCGGCUUUUUAACUUUACAGACCUUAUACAUACACACAAAAACCUAUAUGAAACACUAGAGGAAAGGGAAAAACUGAAAAAGCACAAUAUGUCUCCUUUAAAUUGUUUUUUGAGAAUUAUCUUUAGUGAAUAAUCAGCUGUUUAGCUGGUGACAUUCCCAAAAAGCGAGACCACUGACAGCUGUUGAAGGGAUCACUUACAGCAUCGUGUUCAUUUGACAAGAGCAUAACUAAGCUCAAAUGAAACGUUAGGUUUAUGGAACAGUAAUACAAAAUACAGGCUUAGCAAAUCUUAACAAUACAAGAAAAUAUUUAUUUAAAUCUAUUUGGUUUAUUUCCCAUAAUACAGAAGCGUGAGUGAAUGAAUGAAUGUGGGGCGAAUUACCAUUUGUCUUCGCUUCAGUGACAUGACUGAUGUUCACACCUUAACUCAGUGCCACAUAAAUGGGGGGAAAUCCACAGUCCUCGAAAGCAUUUCGAUGUAUAUGUCCAGUCGUCGCACACUACAUUUCUUUGGCGUAUGAUGGAGUGUAAACGUGUGUCGUGAGAAGAGGGAGAGCACAGGGUAGCACAUGAGCAGGUGAACUGGGACAGUGUUUCUAUAAGUGUCCUUCUCAGUAUGGACAGUGCUGGAUUCCCUGUAGCCUUGUCGCGGCCUCAGUGCCUCAAAGUCUCCAGCGUAUCAACACUACAAGCAAUGCAGAGACCUACUUUACACUCCUCACACAGUACUGAUCUCUCCGCAAACAAACUGCAGUAUGUCUUCAGCACAUGAGCGAUUUGUACAUUGUUUGGUUUUAAAAGACAAAUAAUUUUUAGAAUGUUAUGUAUGAACUUGAAUUUUAAAUUAUUCUUUCUUUUUUUUUAAUUCAAAGCACAGACCUAUUUUGAGAGAAAAACAAUAGUGUAUAUAUUCGAUUUAUUUCAUAUCCAGGAAAAAAAAAAAAAGAUUUAUGUGUGGUCACAGCAUAAACAGUGAUGUUUUUGAAUACAGAGAUGUAUUGCAAGACUGAGGCCCAUCCACCCAGAUCUGAAUAUCUGCUUUAUGAAUGUAUUGAAACUGUAUUCUUCAGUUCUGAACCUGGCCGAAUGUUCAUCUGCAUGACUCUUUAAUCUCUUUAUUUAUUAUUUCAUAACAUCUAUUGGCCCAUACUUCUAAUUUUGGUCACACUAGAUAAUAAAGUCCAAAAUCAGCUGCUCUGUUUUAUUGAGCACAAACAAUUCACAACUUUUUUUCCCAUCUUAUUUUCCUUUGGCUCACAUCUUAAUUUACACUGGAUAAGACACUUUGGUUCACUGACACAUCUGAAUAUUUUCAAAAUCUAAUCUAUCAACACUGCAGGUCCAUAACACUUUCAAAAUGUCUCUUAUUGACCCAUGAUGCUUUGCCAAGUAAAACGUCUUGUCAUCAUUUUUUUUGUGGUGCAUUUCAUGUCAUCAAUUCAUGUUAUUGUGUGUGUCAGGAAACUUCUUGCCAAGUGAGAUGCUUUGAAACAAACUGAUGGUUCACUUCUCCUCACUGUGCAUUUCAAAUAACAUGGCCAUCGUGCCUUUGUGUGAACAAAUGUGUACAAAGUAUGUCAAUGUUAAAGUCCAUCAAUAAAACAUUCAUGUGUGAUCAUUUCUCUGCCAUGAGAUUGUGAUAGGUUAUCGAUACAGUGUGCAUUUAUGUCAUUUGGAGGUUAGUGGUCAAAUGCAAACUUGAAACGAAAAUGUGCAUUCUUGUCUAUUUAGAUUUUGUACUUGGGUUCUCAGUUACGUGGGUCAUUAAAACUGUUUCUGCAGCCACACCCGUUUAGGUUUCCUCUUGAAACACGUGAGCAUGCUGCUCUCUUGUCUUAUAAUUUAGCAAAAAAGUUUUGUCUGAAACAUUUUCUUCAUUAUAAUUGCCUACAGUAUAGCACCACUUUGGCCUGUUUGCCCAUUGAGUUUCUACCAUUGUUUAGUGCAUCUCUGUGGAACAGGUUUCCCAAAAGAAAGCCUUAUGAAAGAGUGAAAUAAAAUUGUGACCUUCGAGAAUCAAACACAUUUCCAGUCCAGUUGUUUUUUUAAAAGAAAUAAACAAGUAAAGAUUCAAUCAAUGUUUAUAGUGUCAAUGAGUUGAGUCCCCCCCCCCCCAUAUCUGAUAUCUGAACCAAUGCUGUUUAACAUUUGAACUGCCCACAACAUUUCUGCUCAUUCUCAUUAUCAGUCUCAUGCAUUGUCUUCGUUUAUGUUGCCUACAUUUAUCCUGUACAGUAUAUAUUUUAUUCUCGUCUGUCUCCCUGUUUUGGAGAACAACUCUGGAGAAUGUGUGUAUAUCAAUGCACAUCAUUAUACCAAAGGCCACUUCUUCAGUUGUACAAGUGCAAUGUAAAGACACACACACACACACACACACGCGCAUCAUAAAUGAGUAUGUGAAUCUACACAGGGAUGAAAAACGGCAGAGAUGUUAACAUUAACUUUUUUAGUGUACAAAAUAUAUAUAUUUUGUGUUUUUUAUUUUUUAUUUAAAGCUCACGUUAUAUUACUGUGAAGUUCUGCUUAUCAGUGUUAAGCCUAUUGUAAAUAAUAAAGAUAUUGAUGAAUACUG